CAAUGCACUUGUCAUUACCUAACAUGUCCCGCACUAGCUCUGCUGUCAAACAGAUGCAGCUACGUGUGCACCUCAAACCAACAAGUUCAUUUCUAACGCUGUACCUGCUGUGGGUUGGCUUUCAUUUCACUGUUUUGCCCAUCUGAGCUGAAUGACCCUGGCCCACUCUUCUUCCUCUUGAAUUCACUACUCUGUAGGCGCAAUGGCGCGCCAUAUUCUCCGCACGCUGGCCCCGGUAGCCACACUCCAGUACUCGAGGUCCACUAUGAACAUUGGCCGACUCCUAAAUGUCACUUCACCCAUUUUACUAGGGACAUGCCGCACCAAGACGACCUGGCCCAAAAUCUUCUCUCAGGAAGAGCUGAAGAAGCGCUUGACACCUAUGCAGUACCAUGUUACUCAGGAAAAGGGCACAGAGAGUGCCUUCAGGGGAGACUACACGGACCACAAAGAUGAAGGAACAUACAUGUGUGUUGUCUGCAGCAGCCCUCUGUUUACGUCAGAUAAGAAAUUUGAUUCGGGCUCAGGAUGGCCAUCAUUUUUUGAUCUGAUCAAAGAGGAUUCAGUAUCACUGACUGAUGACUUCUCUUAUGGCAUGCACAGAGUGGAGGCUAGCUGCAGUCAGUGUGGUGCUCACCUUGGACACCUCUUUGACGAUGGCCCUCGGCCUACUGGGAAACGCUACUGCAUAAACUCCGCCUCGCUCAACUUUCAGCCAAAAAACGCUGCUUCUGAAGAGGCAGAACCAAGUGGUGCCACAGGCCAAUCACCAUCUUCUAGUAAAAGUGAGCUUUGAGGGAAAAUUCACUAGACCAGUGAAGUAUAAGAACAAUUAUGUUUAUCUUUAGAGUUCACUCCCGGAUGACCAGAUUCAGGUCAAGCCUGAUGCAUUACAGGUGAGCCUAGCAAUAAGACCGGUAUGUCCUCCACCAACCAGAAAGCUUUUCAGUAGCAGUCUUUAAACAGCGUAAUUUCAAUGGCCUUGACUGAUAUGCUCUACUAGUCAGUCACCCAUAAAAACUCCCCUAUAAUAGAGAUGCAUGUUAUCUGAAAUGUCUCUCCUGGAAGUCUGCUGUAUGCUACUGCUUUUCACAAUCUACCAGUGGAUUUGAUAGAGCAAGACUAUGGACUGUGAGAUUUGUCUUCUCAAAAAUAUAGUGGGACAUUGUUGUUUGGAAAUGAACUAUAUAUAUAUAUCUGUACUUUUAGAGAGCGAUGUUGUUUUUGAAGAGAUAUUUGAUAUCAGGAGGUCGUGGGUUUAAGGAAAAUGCUAUGCAAAGUGCUCCUGUGAGCGGUAAAAUAAACACCAAGUAGAGAACAAAGCAUUCUUUCAAAUAAAAUGGAACAUAUGACAAAUGUUUAGUCUGAACAGAAAUGUAGCCUGACUUUUAAGGGUGGGUUUUUGUCUUCCUGCUUGUGGUGCCUCUUUUACUUCAUGCCUUGACUAUUUUUGGGGGGUUUUCAUUCACAGACAGUGUUAACAAUUGUGAUUAAACUAUUACUGAAUCCUA